AUGACCGCCAAUGGUCUCAGUCUGGCCCCAGAAAAAUCUGAGGGUGUGGUCCUUACAAAUAAGAAGGCUUAUCGCACCCCCGUAUUGCAUGUUCAAGGCUGCCAGAUCCCCAUUCAGAGGGCGAUCAGAUACCUGGGUGUCCGACUGGACACUAGGUUGUCGUUUGUUGACCACGUGACUUCAGUGGCGGCAGGUGCAAGGAAGGCUGCAGCUGCUCUCGGGAGGCUCAUACCUAACGUCGGUGGCCCAUCUCAGUCUAAGAGGCAGCUGAUAAUGAGCGUAGUCCAUAGCCGGCUACUAUAUGGUGCCGAAGUAUGGUCAGAGUGCGUUCUCGAAACGCAGAAGACCAAGAAUGUGCUUCUACAGGCACAGAGGUGUGCGGCGUUAAGAGUGGCCAGGUGUUACCACACUGUUUCUGGUUUGGCCUCGCUUGUACUAGCCAGGAUGCCCCCGGUUGUACUGCAAGCAAUUGGAAGGAAGAGGAGGGCGGAGGUUAGGAAGUCAGGAGCUAUGACAUAUGUUGAAAUAUACAAUUAA